AGACUUUACUGUGCAGGAGACGUGUACUUUUGUUUAUCGCUUCCUUUGCUGUUUCGAACAAUCGCUUUUAUCUGCUCUCUUCGAUUUCCUUCCCAAAGCUUCUUCUCGCUUUUGGUGCGUGUGAAACAAAACGAAAAGGAGCCUGGGAACAAGAUUGCAAAUAACAUGUGUGUUUGAGUUAACGGAAGUUGCAAUUAUUAAAAAAAAAAUUUUGUAAACCUUUCAACAACAAUCUGUUGAGUGAGACAAUUUGAAUUUUUGGCGCUUAAAGUUAUAUUUACACCGAAAGCUUUCUCGUAUUAAUUUGUUUGACAUUUCAUUGUUUAAAACCACCCGUUCAGUGAAUAUGCGUAAAUUAAAUCAGACCUUAACUGCGCAUACUUCGGCAGAAUAAAAAUGGUGGAGUGAGCUACACAGAAAUUAUGCAGAAAUCGAAAGCUCAAAGAAUGUGGCGAGGAUAGCUUAGAUUUAAAAUGGCGAGAAGUUUAAUUUUAUUGUGUUUUAUUGUUGUUGUUCGUGGGCAUACUAUCUUAGAAGAAUUUUACUGUAAAGAUUCAAAUGUAGAAUAUGGUAAAUCGUUAAGAGGUGGGAACGCAGCUGGUCUGUUUGAUAAUUAUGGUAGAACGAAGAACAUACAGGAAUGUGCGAUGAAAUGUUGUGAAAACAAAAAAUGUAAAGUAGCAGUCAUGGACGGACGAACUAAGAUUUGUAUGGGCGUGCGCUGUUUCAACACAUCAUCUUGUGAAACUGUACCAGCAGCGAAAGGAGAAGAUGAUUUACAGAUUGCUCACAUCUCACCGAAUACACGUGGUAACAUCACUGUGGAUACGAAAACGAAGAAGUUGAAAUCUCAUGAAGUCGAAGCAAGAUGUCCACAAAAUGAGAUUAUGUACAACAUGAAGUUAACUGGAGGUUUACAAGCAGGAAAGUUUACUGACAUUGGACGUGUAAAAAGUAUUAAGACAUGCGUGAGGUAUUGUUGUGGGGACGCGGUCGAUUGUGAUCUAGCGUUUAUGCUUGGAAAAAGAUGUUACUUAGUAAAAUGUUAUAGUGAGGAGAAAUGUGCUCCUCUACCUGCUUCAGAUUAUGGUUUUGAACAAAAGAUGGCAUUUGUAUCGCCAUGGUUGUUUGACAAGAGAAAGAAAAUUAUAAAAGUACCAUCAGGUCUGCAACCACAUCAUAUGCAGUGUACACAAUCCAAAGUGUACACGGGUUCCAAACUGUUAGGAGGUAACGAUGCUGGAAGGUUCACACAUGUUGGAAAAGUUGGCAAGAUGCAUAUCUGUUCAAGACAGUGUUGUGAAGAUCAAAACUGUGAUUUAGCAUACAUGUUCGGCAAAGACUGUUUUCUUGUAAAAUGUCUGGACGAAAAAAAUUGUCGAGUUGUUCCAGAUGAAGAUUUGAGGAAAAGUAAAUCCACCUCGUUAACACCAUCCUUUGAUAAACAAGUUCAAUAUGUGAUCAAAAGAAAAUACGGUGUCAAGUUAGACGAAGCUGGCAACAUUGAAGAAAAGAAAGAUGGCUGUCACCUUGAUGGUCGUAUUCGCAACAGCACAGUUCUCGAACGCGGUAUGUUAUCUGGGCGGUUAAAAACACAACAUGGCGUAAACAAAGCCAAACAUUGCAUAGAAAGAUGUUGUGGUGAGCAGAAAUGUCACGUGGCUCUCAUGUUAGGUGAAAUAUGCUAUUCAAUGGAAUGUGCUGAUGCAGCUUCAUGUAAACCAAAACCUGCUCCGGACAUCAUCAAACAUCAGAAUCCAGUGGUAGCGUAUGUAAAAAGAGGCACAAUAACAAUGGCACCUUCAAGCUAGCAAGGAUGACGCAGAAGGUGAAAAACAACUUCAAAGAGAACAAAGAUAUUUUUUAAAUUAUUUUAUGUUACCUAUUAUUUGUUUAUUUGUUUAUUUGUUUUAUAAAUAAAAUUUUGUUUAUUUCGUAAAAACGCAGCAUAAAUUUUUAUUUGUAAAUAAAUGUGAAGAAAAUUAAAUGUGAAAUGAUGAAAUUUUGACUUAUUUAAAGCAUUGUUA